AUGCACAAAUAUGUCCUCGAUCGUUACCGCAAGAGGUCGUCCUCUCUUUUGCUUUCAGAUAGCCGGAAGAUUCGCCAAUCUCAGUCUCAGUCUGAGAAAUACCGCGAAAAAGUGAAAGUUGCCAGCCUCGAAAGGCAAAAAGGACUUUGGAAAUCCGCCAGAAAGAUUCUAUUACUACUACGACGAGCUAGUCAGGGAUACCACAACUCUUUAGAAAAGGUAUUGAUGCUAGCAUAUGGCCGCGUCGGCGCCAAAAAGUAUUCACUACUUUAUGCUCUAAUCAGGGAUGUGCAAGAAGAUAAAAUCUUGAACUCGAACACGGAUGUCGAAGAUCUUUUGAGAAAGGUCUCAAUAGUCCGGUUUGGGGACGAGUGGGAGCCUCCCGAAGUGCUCACAGCACUGCUAAAGUCGCAAAAUCAGGUUGCCUUCCCGCAGGGCGCUUACAUGAAACGUUUCAAAGUCAAUGAAGUCGUAAAAGUGCCCAAGUUGAACAGCUGGCAGAUGCCCAUGCCUGAGGUUCGUCGCAAGAAUAUUCGGAAGCGAUAUUUCAACCGUGCAAGGUUCGGGGCGCUACCACCUCUUGAUUCAGCCGAGUUAAAUGUUCUGCGAGGCUUGAUAUCUGGCGCUGAGCCAUGGAAGCCACCUACACGACGAGCGACAGUUUCUCCUCCUGCAGCCUUGUCGCCGCUGGAAACUUUCCUAAGUGACGGACCGCAGAAUGGGCUAUCAUUCAGAAAAUACGUCCUGGGCCGGCCGCAUCGAUUGACACGAAGACUUAUGAGUUCUUUGUGGGAACAAAUAUACCAUCUAACACCUCAGCGAACGACAUCCGCGAUGGGCAAACCAAAAUUUGACUUCCCAAACGAAAAGAGUGGCCAGCCCCUAACUGUGUCGGUAAAAGAUGAAAUGUCCCUCGGCAUAUUCGAUAGUGUGGAUGAUGACCGCGAAGUCUGCUAG